GGAAAUAUUUAUAGCCUCUACAGUACAAAAUAUUUCGAAUAUUUUAAUCCUAAAUCUAGAUAAUUAUAACAUAAUAUCUAGAUUAUUUUAUCCUAAUUAUUUAGAUUUUUCUGUAAUAAUAUCUAGAUUUUUAUCUUAAGAAAGUGGAGUAUAAUAUUAGAAUUUGGAUUAAGUUUGGGGUAAACAUGAUUAGUAAAAGAGUCUCUUAAUAAAAUACUAACCCAAUCAUAUGACCCAAAUUAAGUUUAUUUUUCAACGCGCUCUCUCUAUCUCUUUCUCUCUCUCUCUAGUCUCGCCCAUGGAUCUUCUUCGUCAGAGCUUGGGUUGUCUUUUGAUCGUUGCGUCAUUGUCUCCUACAGCACUAUCAAUGCAGUUCGAGCUUCGUUCUGGCCAGAUGAAAUGCAUAUCGGAGGAUAUUCACGAAAAAUCCAUCAGCGUUGGCAAAUACUUCGUCGUGAACCCUAACGAAGAUCAUCCUCUUCCUGAUUCUCACAAAAUCACCGCCAAGAUGGUGUCGCCAAAAUGGAAUACGCUGCACGAAGCGGUUAAGGUGGAGGCUGGAGAGUUCUCGUUUACUGCGUUUGAAACCGGUGAUUACUUUACGUGCAUCUCCGCCGUUGAUCAUAAGCCGGAGACGACAUUGACCAUUGAUUUUGUUUGGAUGUCUGGUGUUCACUCUGCUGCUUCCAAGGAUUGGUCUAAAGUGCCAAAGAGGAGCCAAGUCAAAAUGAUGGAGUUGUCGGUUAAGAGGUUAUUCGACACUGUUGAGUCCAUCCACGAUGAGAUGUAUUAUCUUCGUGAUAGGGAAGCAGAAAUGCAAGAGUUGAAUAGAUCCACAAAUUCUAAAAUGGCGUGGUUUAGUUUCUUGUCGCUCGGGGUUUGUUUAUCGGUAGCUGGUUUACAGUUUUGGCACUUGAAAUCUUUCUUCGAGAAAAAGAAACUCAUCUAAGUUGUAUACACAUACUCAUACUGUGUUAAGACUAAAUAUCAUUAUAAAAUCUAUAUAACUUUAAGGUUUUGAGUAUACAGCUGAAAACAUUUGAUGAUAAUACUGAAACCAACAGAGACAUGGAGAAUGCAAUUCUCAAGCUUUCUCCUUUUUCCCUAAAUGAUUUUCUCUUUCAUUUGCUUUCUCAUCCUAAACAGUUGGAAAACGACAAAUGCAUAUAUGGCCAAGAAUCAUGUUCUACUGGUUUGUGCAAAUAUUUAAGGUCAUUGGUGCAACUUCGUAUGAGAAGUAUGAUUUAUGCAGUUAUGCUAUAUCAGAAAGUUUGAAUUUUUUUAAAAAAUAUAUUAAAAUCCUCUACAUUGCUCUUCGACAUGUUCCCUUUCAAAUCCAUGUCACCGUUCAGAAUGGUCAACUUGUUUUGGUUAAUUGGUUAGUCAAGUGACUUAAUUCAAGUCAUUUAACAGAUUCGAAAUAUUAGACCUCAUAACUCACCGUUUAGAUUAUGCAACAGCUUCGGCUCAGAAAAUCGGCAAACGCUAAGAUGAUGUAAGAGCAAACUUUUUUUACCGUAGCUUUCGUUGAUCAAAUUAAAAGAAAGACAUUUGAUGACUCUCAAACCUUGUAUCUUCUGGUUUGGUGGAACUAGGGAAGAAAAAAUGCAAGAACUGAAUAGAUCCACAAACUCAAAGAUGCCUGGCCUGCCAUUUUGUCACUUGUAAACUUUCUUCCAGAAAAAAUAAACUCAUACAAGUAGUAGACACACGCUCAAAUUAAAAUACCAUCACAAAUAAGCUUAUAUCUUUCAGUACACAACUUAUUCCAGACAAAAAAGUAUGUUUAUUGGUUAUCUCUGGUUAAGACAAAAUUGAGAUUUCUGUUGCUAUGAAGUGAAAAGCGGCAUUGAUCUGAAGCUAAAGUUUUCUCGAUAUUCUAGAUUCUCUUGAGGGUCUCCAGGAAAGAGAGCUAUUGGUCCAUGUCUACGUCCUAACAGUUAAUAAUAAUGCUGAAACAAUCAUGCAUGGAGAAUGCAAUUCUCAAGCUUUCUCCUUUUUCCUCCAAAAUAUUUUCUUCUUCUUCCUGUAAUUUAAUUGCUGCCAUAACUCUCUUGACCUCCUUAACAAUCUCUUUGACAAAAUGGGCUUCAGAGCUGCCAAAAGAGUAAUUAUACAAUAGCCUUCACAUUUUGAACGUAAAUAAAUAUCACGAUUCUCUGGUUUUAAUUAAAGUGUUCAAAAGACCAAGACUAAGAAGAAUGAGUGUGAGUGUGAAUGUGAGUGGUUGUAAUUAAAGGUGGUUGUAAUUAAAGUGUAUAAAAAUCAAGACGAAGAACCUUUUCAAAAAGAAAAAAAAA